AUGCCUUUCUCUUCUCUAUCUAUCUAUCUAUCUAUCUAUCUAUCUAUCUAUCUAUCUAUCUAUCUCGGACUGAUCAUUAUCUGUUUACCUAUCUAUCUCAGAUUUUCAUAUCUAUCUAUCUAUCUAUCUAUCUAUCUCAGAUUUUCAUAUCUAUCUAUCUAUCUAUCUAUCUAUCUGUCUGUCUGUCUGUCUAAUCAUAGUUCUAUAUACUUAUCUAUCUAUUUAUCUAACUAUCUAUGUAUGUAUCUAAGUCUCAUCUAUCUGUUUACUUAUUUAAUCAUUACUAUAUCUAUCUAUCUAUCUAUCUAUCUAUCUAUCUCUCAUCAUUAUCUAUCUAUCUAUCUAUCUAUCUAUCUAUCUAUCUGUCUAAUCAUGGUUAUAUAUACUUAUCUAUCUAUCUAUCUAUCUAUCUAUCUAUCUAUCUAUGUAUCUAAGUCUCAUCUAUCUGUUUACUUAUUUAAUCAUUACUAUAUCUAUCUAUCUAUCUAUCUAUCUAUCUAUCUAUCUAUCUAUUCAAUCUCGUCUUUCGUCGAGCAAACAGAAGAGCAAAAGUUCUUCGUUUUCGAGUCUUUCCGUUCAAAUCAUCGGAUUGGUCGAAAAAAACACGAUUUCAAAUAUGGCUGCAGAGGAUUGAAGUAG